AUGAAUCCAGAAGAUCAGAAAGGUGAGAGAAAUGUUACUGGCAAUAAUAAGCACACUCAUGAGCAUGAAGUUCUGAUAAGUCUGCUGAGCACGGGGAGAUGUCGGCCUUUCCAGUUUUUUGAGGUGUCGGGUGAAGCCUCUGUGUUAGAACUUACAGGUGCCUCUGUCUUCACAGUCACGUUGCUCGGGUGCUCGGCGAAGCUCACGGAAGACCACAACGACAAGCAGGUGGCUGCAGAGAUCAUGGCGAGACGCUUCAUUCCAGCUGGAAUAACAGCCGUUCCCUGGGAAGGCUUUAAUUUUGUUGGUCGUGAGAUUCGGAUUACUGAGGCCACCGAUAGUUACGGUGCUGUGGUCUGGUCAUCGGCCCUUGUUCUAUGCUAUUUCUUGGAGACAAAUGCAAAGCAAUACAAUAUGGUUGACAAAAAUGUGAUUGAAAUUGGAGCUGGAACAGGACUGGUUUCCAUUGUCGCAAGUUUGCUAGGUGCUCGUGUAACUGCCACAGAUUUACCCGAGUUACUUGGAAACCUGCAAUAUAAUCUUUCCAGAAACACCAAAAUGAAAUGCAAGCAUUUGCCUCAGGUUAAAGAACUCUCCUGGGGAGUAGCUCUUGAUGAAAACUUCCCCAGGUCUUCUAAUAACUUUGACUAUCUUCUGGCAGCAGACGUUGUCUACGCUCAUCCUUUCCUGGAGGAACUCCUCAUUACCUUUGACCAUCUUUGCAAAGAAACUACCAUCAUCCUCUGGGCCAUGAAAUUCAGGUUGGAGAAAGAAAAUAAAUUUGUAGAUAGAUUUAAGGAGCUGUUUGAUCUGGAAGAAAUUUCCAAUUUCCCUAGUCUGAGUAUUAAACUGUACAAGGCUAUGAAGAAAAAUCGGAGGAGCGCAUAA